GGUUCUGCCCAGUGACAUCAACUAGGAAAAGGUGGAGCUUAUGAGCUCGAUGAACCAGGAGCCAUGGCAGAAACAAGCGUGGGUGUUUCCGGUGCAAUGAAAACAAUGCUACAGAGUGCAGCAGUGGGUUUUGCUUUUGGAGAAGCUGCAUUAUUUGCAGUUCAGCCCACACUGACUGAAGACAGUGUCCUGCUGAGUGCUGCGACUCUGGCUGCUGGACGAGCCGGUUCCACCGGUGUCGGGGUCGUGACAGCGUGCCUCGUGUUCACCUCAGUGCUCAUUUCCCUGGGAAGUGGGUUCCUCCUCGCUGCCAUGGUGAUGAAGCUAUCGAACAAAGUUGGAGUAAGCCUGCCGUGGUUAGUGGAGGUCACGGCAGGAGCCUCUGUCGUUGUGGGUGCUGUCACUACUGGAGUAUUAGUUGGCAUCCUUCCACUGUGGAUCUACAUUGCAGCCCAGGGCAUUCUGGUCCUUACAGUCUACUCAUACUCCAAUAUUAACGACAUGACCACGGCUCUGUUAAUCAUCUUCACCACCCUCUACCUCAGUGUCGUAUAUGGGAGAAUGGGUGCCGUAGUUGGACUCUUUAUUUUAGGAUUGACCAUUUCCCUGCUUUGUGCCCUUCGGAGGGCUCUGAAAGAGAGGAUAACACAAAGACCAAAAUCUAAAACCAGGUGCCAACUUUUAGAGAGGAUAUUCUUCUACUCUGUUUUUGUGGGGAUAAUGGGAUUUUCAGUAGGUUUAGGGGCACGUGAAGCAGGAGAAGGGUCUGAAGCAGAGGUGGUUUUGAUGCUGCAGUCGGUCCUCUGGGUAGCAUUUCUGUCUGCAGGGCUGCUAGGAGCUGGCCUGGGAACAGUGGCCACGGUCGGGCUGGGGCCAGAGGCUGCUGGAAAGGUUGCUGUGGGAGCUGCUAUAAUAUCAUCAGUCGCCCUGAGAGCCAUUCUGCAAUUGAGCUCUUCUCUUGGGGCCCGAAGCAGCAUGGGGGGAACAUUAGGAGCCGCUACAGCUGCAGGAGUGUCACUCGGAGCUGCAAGUGUUGCAGCAAAACAGGCAUUCGGAACGCGAAAUUCAACUUUUACCAUUUUAGGGUCAGUUGCUGGUGGUGCAAUUCUGGCAAUGCGAGGUGUGAUGCUGAAAACAACUCUGCUAACAACAUCAGAACUUCUGACAAUCACCCUUGUUGCAGUAGGGGCAUUUGUUCUGGGUGCACCAAAGAGCCCAUUCCACACUCAAGUGAAUCUACAAAGGGGCCUUCUCACGGGGCCACAGCUAAUUAUAGGAAUCGGCAUGGAGACGGUCACCGCAGCAGCAGCACCUAUUGGAGCCGGGGCACUUGGGGCUGCAGCGUUGGGUACCGCAGCUCUGGGGAGACUGGGGACUGUGGGAGUUCUGGUGACUAUAGCGUUGGCUUUGGGAAGUACUCUUAGCGGCAUGAUAGGAAAAUCACCACCAACAACAAGCGCACACAGAGACUGAUUGACUCCUGAGGUUAGGGGUCACCGACAUUGAAGGGACAUGUGUGCAAGUCGACAUGGAUAAUGCCAAUGAUCAAAAAUGACAGUUGUGUCAUAAACAUGUUUUAUUGUGGCUUCCAGUGUUGAAUAAAAUGAAUGACACAUUUUAACAAA